AUGUUCAGCCGGGGGUCGCGGCGGCGGCGAUCGGAGCGAGCCGUGAGGGGCGGGGGGCGCGGGGGGACCCCGAGCGGGGGCCGGCCGUGCCGGGCGUGCCGGGAGCUCUGCCCGGGCUUCCAGGAGCACCCCUGGAGGAAGCUCUGCCAGCACUGCAAGUGCCCGCGGGGGGAGCACGUGGGGGGCGGGGUCCCCCCGGCCCUGCAGGGGGUCCUGGCCCGGCUGCUCCCCGACUCCCACCCCCCCCCCGGCUCCGAGGACUCGGGGGGCUCGGCCGAGGAGUUCGCCUGGGCCCCCCCCGGCCUCAGCCCUGACCAGGUGUGCCAGUUCUUCUCGCUGCUCCCCCCCUCGCUGGUGCCGCGGCUCCGCAGUCCCGGGGAGCGGCACCGGCUCCGGGAGCUGCUGCGGCAGCUGCCCCCGCACGACCUCGAGCCCCAGUUCUGCCACGACCUGGACGAGGUCGAGCGUCGGGAACUGAAACUUUUCGCCCAACGCCGAAAACGGGAGAAUUUGGGCCAAGGGAGCGUCCGAGCCCUCCCCCUCAGCAGCGAGGGGGCCGUCUGCCAGCAGUGCGGGGCCGCGGUGCGCGGCGGGGCGCUGGCGGUGUUCGCGGCGCGGGCCGGGCUCGGGCUGUGCUGGCACCCGCGCUGCUUCCGCUGCCAGCAGUGCCAGCAGCCGCUCGUGGACCUGAUCUACUUCUGCCCCGGCGGCGGCGGGCGGCUGCUGUGCGGGCGGCACCACGGCGACAGCGUGCGACACCGCUGCCCCGGCUGCGACGAGCUGAUUUUCGGGGGGCGCUGGGCCGAGGCCGGGGGGCGCCGCUGGCACCUGCGCCACCUGCGCUGCCUGGAGUGCGAGGGACCCCUGGAGCCCCAGCAGCUGCCCGGGGGGGAGGGGCAGCCCCUGUGCCCCCCCUGCCGCGCCCGCCGCGCCCACCUGUGCGACACCUGCGGGGACCCCAUCGAGCUGCAGGACCCCCACGUCACCCACGGGGGGCAGCACUGGCACCCCCUCCCCGGCUGUUUCCGCUGCGCCCCCUGCGGGCGCCCCCUGCUGGGCCGGCCCUUCCUGCCCCGGGGGGGGCAAAUCUUCUGCUCCUCCCGCUGCGCCCCCCCGGCCCCGCCCGGGCCCCGCAGCGCCCCCCGGCGGCGCUCCUGGGGAGAGGCACCCCCGGCAGGCUGGCAGCCCCGCUUCCGCCGGGGGGGUCCCCACCGCCACUCCCUGCCCGAGCUGGGGGCCACGCCCCGCCCCUCCCCCCAUGGCCCAUCCCUGCCCGAGCUGGGGGCCACGCCCCGCCCCUCCCCCACCGGCCCCUCCCUGCCCGAGCCGGGGGCCACGCCCCACCCCUCCCCCCAUGGCCCCGCCCCCACCCGCCACUCCCUGCCCGAGCUGGGGGCCACGCCCCAUAGCCCCUCCCCCACCCGCCCCUCCCCCCACCGCCACUCCCUGCCCGAGCUGGGGCUCCGCCCCCCUGGAGCUUCCCCGGGCCCCGCCCAGCGACCACGGCCCCGCCCACGGCCCCGCCCCCGCGGCUGCCGCCUGGCCUGA